AUGGGAAAACCCAAAAGUGAAGUUUGGAGACAUUAUACUUCAUAUGACACCGAAGCAAAUGCUCCGACAGUAAAAUGCAAUUAUUGUGAUAAAACAUACAAACAAGGAGUUGCAACAAGGAUGCAAGCACAUUUGAACGACGAAUGCAAUAAUGCCCCAGAAAAUUCAAAAGUGAAAAAUAAAAAACCUUUGGCUCGUUCUUUUGAAAAUACAGAUAUAUCACCAUCUUCCAAUACUUCUAAAAAAAAUAAAAAUUCAAUUACACUUGACAAUUCCUUGGAUACAAUGUCAGACGAAGAACAAAAGAAAUUAGAAAUAAUGCUGGCUAAAGCAUUAUACUCGAGUAAUAUUUCAGCCGACUUUAUAGAAAAUCCUUAUGUGGUGGAACUUUUUAAAAAAUUAAAACCAUCAUUUAAAUUACCCAAUAAAAAAUCACUUUCUGAUGAAUUGUUAGAUAACAUUUAUUAUGAAUCUAAACAUAAUAUAGAAGAAGUUAUUUCAAAUGCACAAAAUUUAACCUUGGUUUAUUGUUCGAAUAAUACUGCAAAUGAAUACGUUCGAAAUUUCAUAAUUUGUACUCCUUUACCAUUUCUUUACGAUUCUAUUUAUUCCGAAGAAAAUUUUCAUACAGCUGAAUGGAUAGCUGAUCAAAUCUCAAAACAAAUUGAGAAAAUUGGAGCUGAAAAAUUUUGCUCAGUAAUUACUGAUACAACAAGUUAUAUGAAAGAUGCAUGGAAACUUUUAGAACUCAGAUAUCCUCAUAUCAUUUGUGCUGGUAGUGCUUCACAUGUUGUGAAUUUAUUAAUUGGCGAAAUCAUAAAAAUAACAGAAAUAGAGAAAACAAUAGAAAGUUCCAAAUCGAUUGUUAAAUUCUUUAAACAACAAAAUUCAGCUUUUGCUAAACUAAAUAAUUUAACUCGUUGGGACUCCCAUUUGGAAUGCUUAGAAUCAUUAUCAUCAUUGUUUAAAUCAAAAGCCGAAAUUCAACUAACAAUGGGAAUUCUGCAAUCUAAUAACAACAUCAACACGAAUCUAAAAUCAGAUUGUUUAGAUCCUCAGUUCUGGAAUCAAUUGGAAGCGAUUAUAAUGAUUUUAGAACCAAUAGCCUUUUUGUUGAAAUUAUUUGAAUCCAACGAGUCAGUACAUUCAUCAAUUUAUCCACUGUUCAAUGAUUUGUUUUAUAAGACGAAACAAAUAAAUUGUCAAUUCAAAUCACAGGUGCUUAAAUUAAUUGGGGAAGGAUAUGAAUCUAUCUACAAGGAUUCGUUAGCAGUUGCAUAUAUGCUAGAUCCAAAAUACUACGAAGAAAACAACAAAUUGGUGAUUGAUUAUGAAGUAAUGGGAACUUUUACUAGUUUCCUUAAUGCAAAAUAUCCCGAUAAAUCAAACGAAUUACAUCUAGAAUUUUUAAAAUUCCGUAAUAAAAUGGAACCGUACAAUGAUCAACUAAUUUGGAGUUGCGUUGAUCAAGUAGAACCAAGUUUGUGGUGGAAAUCUUGGCCAGAGAGCGAAUUGAAAAGGCUUGCUGUCAAACUAUUGUCAAUUCCAACCUCUCCAGCAUCGGCUGAACAGGCCCUUUUAAAUGUUAGCUUUAUUCAUCCGAAACUACGAAAACAUUUAGAUGAUGAAACUGUAAAAAAAUUAGACUAUGUACAUAGUAAUUUAAACAUUGAAGAAAUUCAAAACAAAAAGAAUGAUCCAUUAAAUGUUGAUUUCAAUGAUGAUAACGUCGUUGAAAAUGUUUUUGAAGACUUGAAAACGUUUAAUUUUUGA